AUGUGAUUAUAGGGUCUGUCCCAAAACCUAGGGAGCUCUCUAUGUAGGCACUGACUACGUAGACAGCUGUUUAACUAGACAGCGUUCUAACCGCCAUCCAGCCUUAUAAGACACAUUAUUGGGACUCUCUAGUUAGGCAGCGACUGCGUCACGACUUGGCCCCGCCCACAGCACGCGCCCACUGUUUACUUACCUCAGCCGCGGGAACCACCUCAUCACCCUACCGGCAUUAUGGACGAACCUCUUGCCGUUUUUAUUGCAUUUUUAAUAGUUUUUGCGCUGGAGGAAGAGCGACAGAGACGUGAGAGCCGACGUGCUGCAGCCAGACACCGACAUUUAAGAAGAAGAGCGCUGAUUUCUGCACUUGAACAGGGAGAAAGACCUUCAAGAUACUGUUCUCUGAAUACAAGUGUACCACUUUUGAGAAUAUUUCUGGACGACACCCAAGACACCAAGCCUGACUUUCGCCUGAGCCGUGAAUCCCUGAAAGUGCUUUUUCAACUUAUCAAGCACGAAGGCACCCAUGGUUGGGGGGGGACCAUUGAGGUGUUAGUUUUUCUUUUUUGGUUGGCCUGUGGCACAUCAUACCGCGUUGUUUCCCGUGCUUUUGCUAUGCCCCGUUCUACAGUGCACCGUGUAAUUCACAGAAUGGCCAGUGAAAUGCGGCAAAUCCUACCCAAAGUUAUCCGGCACCCAAAACCCGAAGAACUGCAGAGCAUCUCUGAUGGCUUCGUGAGGCUGGGAAACCAUACAGCUUUUCACUCUGUAGUGGGUGCCAUAGAUGGGUGCCAUGUGCGUAUCAAAGCCCCUGGAGAACCUGAUGCACAGUGCUACAGAAACCGGAAGCUCUACCCCUCUGUGCAAUUUCAGGCUGUCUGUGACCACCAGGCAAAGUUUCUGGAUGUUUUUAUUGGCUUUCCUGGCUCAGUACAUGAUGCACGGGUGCUCCGUCACAGCACUCUGUAUCGGCAGGCCACUUUCCCACCCAGGGGCUACAUGAUACUUGGUGAUGGUGGGUACCCAUGCAUCUCUCAGCCCAUAGCCCUCAUCACUCCAUUCAAGAAGCCUGUCAGAGGAGAAGAGAGGGUGGCCUUCAAUAGGCAUCAUGCAAGGGCACGUUCUAUAAUUGAACGUGCUUUUGGGAUGCUGAAGACCAGAUGGAGGUCAAUUUUCCUGCAUGCCCAAGAGGUAAAUCCAAGGUUUGUGCCAGAGGUGAUUGCUGCCUGUGUCACUCUGCACAACAUCUGCAUGGGAGCGGGAGAUGUUGUUCAGCCUGAGGAGGAAGCAGAUGAAGAUGAGGAAGCUGAUGUGCAGGAAGAAGACAUCACAGCUGUCAGUGGCCACCAAUUACGAGAGCAACUUUGUGCCAACAUUGCUGGUGUCCAGUAAUUUUAUCAAACUGGAAACAAAUAGAUCAGUUCGGUUUUCAUUAACUGUUACAUUUGCACUGUAAAUAUUUUUUAUGUAAAUAUUGUAUAAGCCUCAAUCAUUUUUGUUUAAUGUUCUAGUUUAAAAUGUCUUAUUCCAUUGUCUUAUUUGUGCUACUUUAAACCAGUUCACUUGUUCUACUCACUGUUAAUAUUAGUCUUGUUCUGUUAGUGUGUUUAGAAUAAAAAAUGCACUUCAAGAGUAUGAAUUUCAGCAAGUGUUAAUCUACAACGAACAACCCAUUAAGUAAAUUUCAGUAUAGAAUACCUGCAAGGCAUGCAUUAGUUUACCAUGACUGCUUUAAAAAAAAAACACACACACACACAAAUGACAGUUCUUAAAACAGCAACUUUAAUUUUUGAAUAUGCAUGAAUAAAUUAGUUAAUUUUAUUAACAAGCUUUUCUAAGAGAUUAUACAAGCGGUCUGACCGCUCCUGCUCUGCUCUCUCUUGCCUCUCUUCUCUCUCCCUCUCUCUCUCCAUGUCCUCUCGCAGGAGGUCAAGAAGAGUUCCCUGCCGCUUCCUUCCUCUCUGCUCAGACAACGGGGAUGCCACAACAGAAGAUGGCCCUGGUUCCUCCUCAUUAGAUGAGGCUAUUAGCAAAGGUGGUGUGACCGAUGGUCGAUUGCCAAGAGCCUCAUCCAUGAGGCUGAACCAGGGCCAAGUAGCUGCAGUGGCUUCCCCAUUGUCUGUCCCACUCCCUGAAGGUGGACACUUCAGCUCCUAAAAUAAAAUUAAACCUGUAAUCUAACCUCAAUCUGCUAUCCUCUCUAACUGAAUUAUACUUUAACAUUAACAAUUAUUAACAUAUGUAAACUACACUCAAAUCAGUACAUAAAAAUCUAUAAAAUACAUUGUUCAUUAUUCUACACAAUUUCAGGUUAAUCUUUGAACUUACUUUGUA